CUCUUUUCACCCCAUCGGAUACUUUUUUCCCCGGGCCAGGCUGUGCUCUUUCAUCCAGCCUUUCUUUGAGUGUGACUGACUUGCUUGUCACCAAACGAUCUUCGCGCCACCAGAAACUGAUCGCGUCUCCAUCUUCACAUCCCUCGAACCACCCGGCAAUGGACACCCACAGCAGCAGCAGCAACGCCGCAUUUCCACUGAGUAAUAAGCAGGCAGCGCGGAUAGUCCAGGGCAGGCACACCGAGGUCCUCGUCACCUCCUUUGUCGACAAGAUCCUCAUCCUCGUCAGUCAGUAUGGCAAAGUCGGCAGUGUGAUACAUACGGCAGUGGACCAGCAGACUCUGGCACCCAACACAACGACAUCCUCCUCAGACCUUGUUUCGACAUCUUCGACCUUCUUGUUGGGAGCGGGAUCUUCGGUCUCGAAAAAGACACAGCUCUACAACGUCUACGCCUCACACAUAUCCCAGAUGAUCCAUCAUCAGAACCCCGCCGAAACACGAUCGGUGAUCCUUUCCCUAGCCUUAGCGGUCCAGGAACCAGAUUUGGAACGGAGUCCCACUCUGGAAGAGGAGCAGGACCAGCGCAGACAGGACCGAGAUCUGUUUGAGAACGUGAUCGAGUUGAUCAACGAAUGCAGUGUGUGGAAUUAACUUAUCAGGCACUGUUGAGCGUUAGUAUAUCGACAUGCGUGCAGGGUCAGUUCAACAAACCAACCGACCAGAAAACAAAGAUGCCCUCCCCCUUGAUCUUUGAUUCGCCUCCUCGCUCUUCCCGCUUUCAGAAAAAGAAAAAAAAAAAACGACGACGACGACGACGACGACGGCGACAACACGGUCAUCAGUCAAGCAGCCCGGCAUUAGACCUGCAACAGCAGCACGGACGAAGGAGACAACGAAGAGGGAAGAGGACUUUGCAACGCCAGUUAGCGAGGGCUAAGAAAGCAUACCAUGUACCAUACCCUCAAUCAUGUGUGAACAAUCCAAGCAAAAAAAGUAAAAAGAAGGGGGUACAAGUAAUAAUGCAUCUGGAGGUAAACCAAAGGCCAACCCUGCAAUAAAAUAAAAAAUGCGC